AUGUAUAAACCUGGAAAGAGUUUCAUGCCAAACUACGGAGAAAUAUAACUAACCAAUAUGAGAAAGUCAGUUCACAAUGCUGAACAAUCAACCCCAAAAGCUUUUGGUUAUGGUAAAGAUAAUCAGAAAGGUUAUAAUCCCAAAGAAAUUUAUUUAAAUAAUCCCUCUUCUUUAUUUGCAUCAUCUUUUGCUAAGGAUAAGCAAGUUUAGAAUGCAAAGAAGAGAAUGUACUCUGAAAUAUCAAAUGAAAUAUAGUAGCCUAGUCCUUACAUUGGAACACCUUAUAUGACAUUCGAUGAUAACAGUACGAUAAAGCCUAAUUAGAACACCAUUGUCAGGAAUCCAACAUUAAUGAGUCUGGGAAUCGGGAGGGAUGAUCAGUCUAGAGGCCUAAUCAAGUCAGCAAGUAUUAAACCUAUGAAUUUAAAUCUUACAGAUUACUAAAAGUUCAGAGAUGCGUCUGCUUAAGAUGAACAAUUCUAUGAAGAUCAUUAUAUUGUAAAUGGCGAGCAGAUUUUGCCUACUCAAACCUUCAAACCUAAAAGAGUUGAUAAGCACCUUGAAUAAUUUUCAAAAGCAGAGAUAAAUACGAAGUGCCAGCAAGUAUCAUAAAUAUUAGAUCACAUAUAUCACAUAAAUUCCAAUCCUCUAAAAAAUGAUAUUGCUUUAGUGAAUUCAAGAGGUCUAUAAUUUGAAUAUCAGCCUUUGUAAUAUAUAGUUGCAAAUUAAUAGUAAUUACCUCCAGAGAUUCAAACUAUGAUAGGCAUAUAAUAUCAUGAAAGUGAUAUUGAAAGGAGAAAUAUAAUUUCAGAUAUUGGAAUAUUUGAGACUUUACAAGUAGGAUACUAUUUUUAAAACCAAAACCUGUAUAUGUGGCCUUAUGCCUUCCCUGGUAGAUAUGAAGUAGGAUAGCAAAGAUUUUCAAACCUAAAUAAGAUUAGAGCUGAGUCUUUUGAUCAGGCAAUUACAUGCGUAGCUGUAUGCGAACCUCUACCAGAAAUGUUGCUUGAGGCAUAAGAGAACAAAAUUCUAAUUGUUUCAACUGCUAUCGAAUUAAUAAUUUUCACAAUCAAGAGAGAUAAAGAGACAAAUGAUAUUUAAAUGAAUCGUACUAACUAUAAAAUACCAACUGAUGGAGAUAUGGUUGAGAAAAUAGCCCAAUUCAAAAAGAAUAAUAGAAUAUUCUAUGGGGGAUCUGAGGGUCACAUAAAUGAAAUCAAUCUCAAGAGUAAUAAAUUAGAUCAAUUUCUAGAAAACAUCAGUCUCGCAAAGAAGAAACUCAAGAGGAAUGACUAUUCAGCUGGAAGCUUCUUAGAAAAGCUACUGCCAAGUUUUAUAGUCGACAGAUCAAGAAAAAAAAUUGUUGACAUAAAAUUUGAUGAUAGCAGAAACUACCUUUACUCAAUGGCUGUCUCUCUUGAUAGAGAAACUCAAGGACAGGCUGAAAUUGAUGUGUAUGAUUUAGGAGUAUUUGGGAACUAAUUCAAUAAGGUGGUGAGCAUAAAGUAGUAUGAAAUACUGGAAGCAUUUAUUUCAUACUAGAAAAUCUCAAUCUUUGGGAAAGGCUUCGAUAUUCUUAAGCUUUCUGAGAACUUCAAAAUAAUAUUCAUUCAACCAAUUCUAACAAACGAAAGUGAAAUUCACCACUUAUUACUAGUAACUGAGUCAGGUGAUAGAAUUUACUUAAGCUUUGAUUAGUAUGAUAUUGAUAUCAAGAAGCAGGAUUAGUAUCUAAAUCUAGAUGCUAUUGUUGAUUUUUAUGUAACUAGCAGAUUCAAGAAAGAUUGGAUUAUUCGUGAAGUUCUUAAGUUUCCUAAGAUUGAGGAAACUGAGGAAUUAUUUGAUGUUGCUCAGAGAAAUGGAGCUUUCAAAUGUAUCGGGGCAAAUGUCGCAUCUUAACCCUUACUUAUAAAUAAAGACUCUUUGUUCUAUGAUAAUUAAGAAAGUUGUGUGAUAUAUACUGAGAAUAUUUUCGAUCAAGAUAACUUAAUACCUUAAGCUUAACAAAUUAUAAAGUUUAGCUUUAUAAGGAAAAAUGAAAGCACCUUUGCAGCUUUAAAGGCAUAGAAUAGUAAUCAAGGUUAACUGCAGAUUGCUGAACAAUGCUCAUAAUUCGAUCUUAUAGUCUUACCUCCGAGGUCAUAGGCUAGCAUGGAUCCAUUAGAUCCAAGGUAAUAUUAAUUUGACAUGCAAGAAAAUAUUUACUCAAUAAAAUCAAUGAAUAGCUAUAGAUAGUCUGAAUUACAAAAAUUAUUGGGAUAUGAUAGAACUUAUAAAGACUAUAAAGGAUAAUCAUCCACUGUUCAAUGGCAUUAUAUGUGCUAGGAUUAAUAUGAUAAAUAGAUCUACCUAGACUAAAGAAGAUAUCAAAUAAUGACAGAUUAAAGAGUGCUAGAAGUAUUAGAGGUACGUCCAAUAGACUAGCUUGUCAUGAUUUUGCAUACAUUAACAAGACCACAUUGUAAUACCUUCGAAGACUUUGAAGAUUUUAUCGAUUUGCAUACCUUCAAAGAAGUUUGUGCAAUGCUCGUUUAAAUUAUCUCUGACAGAAACGGAAGGUAUUUGUUUUCAAGAAGAAUUGAAUAAAUGAUAUGCACAUCAAACAAAUAGAAAAACAGAAAACUAACAUAAAGCUAGCCAAGAUAAACUUUGAGAAAUUUAAUUGCUGCUGGACCUCAAAUAGUUUCACAUUAGAGCCCUAUAAGACUAAAUAAUCAAAAGAUUUCAUAUCAAACGACUUCAUAUGUCGAAUUCAAAUCUUAGUAUGAAUUGAAAAGGUUUGUGGGUCCCAAUUUUAUUGGUGAAUACGUAUAUCAAAGGUGCACCUAAGAAGUUAGGUUGCUGAGACCAUUCUUAGACUUGAAUAUUUUUUACACGACUUUCCUUGAAACUGGCAAGGAAGUUUGCUUACCUUCUAUAGAAUCUCUCACAUUCACUUAGGAAAAACUCUCAGACUUGCUAGAAUUCAUUAUUAAAAACUAUCCAUAAUUAUAAGGUGAAACACUUAAAUCUGAAGAGUUCCUUGACUAUGAGACUAAUAGCUUUAUCAGAUAUGAUUUCCUUAGAGAGAGGGUAAUUCUUGUAGAUGAACUGUAAUCAGAUGAUAAGUACAAUCUAGAGUUUUGGAGUAAACUUAGAAAAGACCAAUAAAUUCAAGUGACUUAACUCUCAUUUAGAGAACUGCUUUCUAAUGCUAAUAACAAUGUCAUAAAGGAUAUCUUAAAUGUACUGCUUGACUAGGAAAAACUUAUUAAAGUGCCGGCAGGCUAGAGGUAAACAGCUUAAUUCUCUUCGUCUAGAGAAGGAUAAAUUUAAUUACUGUACAAUCAAAUGUUUACUAAGGAAGAGGUCAAAGCAUUUAAGGGAGAGAGACUGCUAGUUGAAGCUAUCAAUGAGAAGGAUAAUCAUAGAAGAGACCAACUUCUAGAAAUGAGUCUAAGGCAGAUGUGCGAGGAACCUGUUGAGAUUGACUUAAACGCUAUAGCUCCAUUAUUGGUCUAAAUUGGUAAUUUUACAAGUUUGGUAGAAAUUACCCUGAACAAGAUCAUAGUCUUAAAGAAUACUCCAGUAAAAGAACUUAAAAAUAUGGAUGAAAGUCUUGCAGAUUAUUAUAUAGAUUAAGGAUACCAACUUAUAAUGUAGGUUAUUUCGGCUAUUGAUUACAGCUUAAGAAAAGAUGAUAGCAAAUUCCUUGAGAAAAUUAUGAAUUCAAAAGAUCAGAGUCUGCUUGAUAUCAUGAUUAAAAAAUUGAAUAAGGUAUAAGAUGACAAGCUUAAAAUUAAUCUGAGAACAAACAUCUUGAGAAGAAUUGAGCAAGUUGGUGAUAUCAUACUUCUAUCAGCAAUCUUUGAGUAUCAAUUGAAGAAGCCAAAGACUAUAUUUGAUAUGGAGAGUUUUCCUAAAAUCAGCAAAGAAGCAUUUGAAUCCAUAUGUGAUCAUGCAAUUUUAUCUGACUCAAUCUAGAAAGAUUACUUGAAUUCACUAGUCACUCUACUCUGUUAAAAAGAGGAGGCGAAAAGACUGUGCGAUUUGGUGCUUAAUGUUUGCAAUAACAGAUAAAUAGUCUACCUAGAUUCCGAUAGUCAAACUAAGCUAAUUAUUAAUGAAGGAGAUAGAGUUCCAUUUAAUUUAGUACUUGAUGAAAGAUUAAAGCUACUUAACAAGGCAGAAACUCUGUUAGAAACCUCUACUAAAAAGUUUGAUGGAAGUGAUAGUCAAAUGAGGUAUCAGUCUUUGAUAAAUUAGUGUAUUGAAAAGGCUAAGUUGUAGGUUGAAAUCAUGAAAUCAUUAGAAGAAAUUAAAUAAGCCUAUCAAGCAAAAGUUGAGCUGUUUGAAUAGAACUAUAGGCAUAAAAAUAAAAAAGAUAAAGCACUAGAAGAUAAAGAACUUGAAAAAAAUAGACUUGAAUAGAUCAAAAUUAAGAAUUUAAAUAUCAAAAAGGAUUUGCUUGAUUAAAAAAUCUUUGAAGUUAAAGAUCUCUUGCAAGAUUUUGUACAUGAUGAGAAUCUAUUUGAAGUUCUUUUGAUCCAUAACUUAACUUCCUCAGAGAGUAAAUAAAGAGACAGUAGUUAUCAAAAUAGCAUUGUCUAGUAAUGGGUAAAUUAAAUAUUCCAUUUGUAUUCUCAUAAUGACGAUAUAUUAAUGAGUAAGAUAAAACAAAAGCUCACAUCACUAACUGAUAAUGAGAAUAAAUCUAAAGCUAUCCCUAAAUACAUUUAGGCUACAUCAAAUCUCAUUGAAAAAUAAUUUAAGUAAGAAGAUACUUUGAUAAAUUCGAAAACUGAAAAAGAGUAAAACUUGAAAAAUUUGUUGGAAGAUUUAAAAUCCUUAAAUGGUGGAUUUGCACUUGUUAAGACUAGAUUCUGGUUCUACGAAUAUUGUUUCUCUGAAAAUAAUGAAAAUUAAUUGAAAUUAAAGGCUUCUUAGUUAAUUAACUAUUUCUCGAACUAACCUCAAGCUAAUUAAAGUAAUUGGGAAUUAAGCAGCAAUCAAUAGCCUUUUAAAUUUGAAAUUAGUAAUGACGAUCAAUUGUUUAAGUUCCUAUGCUUGAUGAAGCUAUGGAUAAAGAAUGGUGAUCUUUAUAAAGAAAAAAAAUUGGAUUAAAAUAAUAUAUCCGAUCAAUAAAGCUAGACAUUUUACGAGACACCUUAUUAGAUUUUUCAUUAAGAUGUGAAACUUCAUGCAAAGAGCUUCUACACUGAACUUAUUAUGAGCACAAUGAAGGAUUAUAUUGAUUAUAAUUACUUAGCAUUUCACAAGGAAGUGAAGCAUUUGGUUGAUGAACUAUAUAAUAAAGUAGAAAAUGGAUUCAAGCAAAUGCUCAUUUCUCACGGCAUAAAACUUCUUUUACCAGGUUAAAUUAAUAAUAUUGCAACCUUAAACACUCUAAAUUAAAAUAAAUUUGCUUAGAGAGAAGGAACUGGUAUAGUAAAUAAUCGAAGUUAAUCAGUGAAUAACAUCUCACAAGCAAACUUCAGCAAUUCAUCAUAAAUGAAUCAGUCUUUAUCAUCGUAGCAAUCUAUAUAAAAAAUUAAUGCUGAUCAAGAAAUGAAGCAAAGCUUGUAAGAGUAAUCAGCUAUGGCAUAUUAGACUAAUUACUUUUAGACAAAUGUGUCUCCAAUAAAUCAAGAAAAAUCUCCCUAACUUUUUAACUAGGAUUAAUACGCAAUUGGAACGCAUAAAUAGGAUGGAGGUAAAUCACAGCCAACAAGCAGAUUAUUUUAAAAGUAAAGUGAUACUAUUUAAUUCAUGCAAUGA